CCUGCCAGCACAGAUCAGACUGGUGCUGUUUCUUCCCAAACCAAAGAAACCAUCAAAAGGUGCCAAGCUGAACUGAAAUCUUACCUCCAAAAUAAAACAAAGGAUCUGUUUCAAGGAAUAAGUGAAAGUGAAUCAUCAGCUCCUUUGAGCAAGAGCUAUACGGAGCUUUACAUCACACAGCGAGGCAGUGGGGAGGUUAACAGUGAACAUGAAGUGGUUGAACUAGAAUGUAAAAAGAGGAUGAGUGAGGAGAAGAAAAUCAACCUCAGUCACAUUUUUCAACCUUUAUCAAACAAAGAGACUCCUCCCCGGAUGGUCCUGACGAAGGGAAUCGCUGGUAUUGGAAAAACUGUUGCUGUCAUCACUCGUGACAGGGGAGCAGGAGAAGCGACCGACACUGUUCAGUUCAUAUUUCCCUUCACUUUCAGAGACUUGAAUCUGAUAAAGGAACCACGUUUGAGUCUUAUGGCGUUAAUAGCUGAUUACUUCGAAGAAGUGAAGGAUUUGGAAACAUCAGACUACAAAAAUUCAAGUGUUCUGUUCAUCUUCGACGGCCUGGACGAGAGCAAACUCCCUCUGGACUUUGAGAACAAUGAGACAUGCCGCAGUGCUACAAAGCCUACAACAGUAGAUGCCCUGCUAACCAACUUGAUCAAAGGGGAGCUGCUGCACAAAGCCUCAGUCUGGAUCACAACUAGACCGGCCGCAGCCAGUAAGAUUCCACCCAGGUUCAUCCACAGACUGACCGAGGUACGAGGCUUUAAUGAUCAGCAGAAGGAGCAGUACUUUCAAAAGAACAUCAGGGUCGAGGGCAUGUCCCAGAAGGUCAUAAGUCAUCUACAGCGUAGAGAGCUGGGAAGUCUGUACAUCAUGUGCCACAUCCCGGUGUUCUGUUGUAUUUCAGCUGCAGUUCUGCAGAAUCUCCUCACUGACACUCAGGACAACGAGCUGCCCAAGACGGUGACCGAAAUGUACACACACUUUCUGAUCAUCCAGACAAAACGGAAGCAUGAGAAGCAUUAUCAGAAAGGUGAAACAGACAAAGACGUCAUCAUGAAAAUGGGAAAGCUGGCGUUUGAGCAGCUGAAGGAGGGAAACAUCAUUUUCUCUGAAAAAGAUCUACAAGCUUGUAACACGGAUCCUAAAGAGGCGUCCGUUUAUUCAGGACUUUGUACACAGAUCAUAAGAAAAGAACAUGGCCUGUACAGACAGGACAGAUACUCCUUUAUACAUUUAAGUGUUCAGGAGUUCCUUGCAGCUCUGUUUGUAUUAGAGACAUUAAACAGCAGUGGUGAAAAUCUGCUUCAGACGAGGGUGAAACGUCGAUCAGAGAGAGGAGAAAAUCCUGUCACCCUCCUCCACAAGAGUGCAGUGGACAUGGCCUUGGACACCAAGCACGGACGAUGGGACUUGUUUCUGCGCUUCCUGCUUGGUCUGUCACAGGACAAGAAUCAGGCACUUCUUGAGAAAAUAUUUGAAAACAAAGGAGCCCGUCUGCAGAGCAACCAGGAGACAAUCAAGUAUAUUCACAAUCUGAUCAGGAAACGUUCCUACUCUGAGACAAGUAUCAAUCUGUUCCACUGUUUAAAUGAGCUGGGUGACCAGUCGCUGGUAGAGGAAGUCCAAAUGUACCAGAGAUCCGGAGAUGUCAACAAAAUUUUACCUGCACAUUGGUCGGCUCUGGCCUUCCUGCUGCUUGUUUCUGAGGAAAAUCUGGAUGUUUUUGACCUGAAGAAAUUCUGCCGAUCAGAUGAAGCUCUGCAAAGGCUGGUGCCAGUGUUCAAAGCAGCAAAGACAGCUUUGUUAAGUGACGGUGACCUCACUGACAAAUGCUGCGAGUGUAUUUCAUCAGUUCUCAAGGUGGAGCCUUCCCGUCUAGAGGAAUUAGACCUCAGCAGAAAUGAACUGCAGGACUCUGGAAUAGAGAAGCUCUCUGUCGGCCUGAAGAGUCCAAGCUGCAAAAUCCAGAGACUCAGGUAA